AUGUCAGUCACACUACAUACCAGCCACGGUGACAUCAAAAUCGAAAUCUUCUGCGAAUCUGUUCCUAAAACGGCCGAGAAUUUCCUGGCUCUUUGCGCCUCAGGCGCCUACGAUGGCACACCUUUCCACAGACUGAUUCCGGACUUCAUGGUCCAAGCAGGAGACACCUCUUUGAGCGCUCGGAAUACACCAGAACAUCCGAUUCCAAAAGGUGGAACGUCGAUCUGGGGCGAGUAUUUUGAGGAUGAAAUCAAAAUACCAGCAUUGCGACAUAGUGGCCGAGGAAUGGUGUCGAUGGCGAACAAAGGGCCUCACACGAACGGCAGUCAAUUUUUCAUUACUUUCAAAGAGGCUUCGCAUCUGGACGGCAAGAAUACAGUUUUUGGGCGAGUCAUUGACGGCGCCGAAGAAGGCGGCACUCUGGAGAGAAUGGAAGGCGUCAACGUGGACAAGAAGUUUCGACCGAAGGACGAGAAGAUCAUCCUUGAGCGCGUGACGAUACAUGCGAAUCCAUUGGCAGGCUGA